UUUAUGUUUUUAUUUCUGGAGCGCUGUGUCCCUGCGGGACGGGCGCCUCUCACCCGGAGUGGGGAAGGCUGUGGAGAACUCGUUGUCUUUUCACGCAGGGGGCGCGGGGGAAGCUCUCCGCAGCUUCGUUCCUUCAGCCCGUGCUGUGGAGAGAGGGAGGCAGUUAAAAGUAGCAAACCCAAGCGUGGCAAAGGCAAAAGCUCCAAAAAGAAAGCAAAGAAGGUGGUGAAGGAAGUGGAUAUCCUCAGCCCAGCUGCCAUGCUCAACGCCUACUACAUCUGCCACAACGCCCCUGCCUGCCUGGAGUUCCGGGGCUUUCCCUGGCCUGGCUCCCCCAAAAAGAAAGGGAAGAAAGGAAAGUAACCGGGUGGCUGGAAAGCAAAGGACUCGGUGAAAACCAAGCUCCCCAGUGAAGAAGAGACUUUUUUGAGGAUUAGACUCGUAGUGACCUCUCCAGUGGUUAGCUCAAAUAUUUUGCCAUAAUCACUGUUGUAUCCGUACAAAGACACUCUUAUUAUAGCUCAAGCCUAGAGUGACAAAUGGUAAGUGACACUGUGCCAUUGUAAUUUCAGCUGUGGCACUUCGCCCUCUGGUUCUGUGUGGAAUAAAGCAUUGCGCCUCAGCA